UUUUUUCUCAUUCAUGAUUGACGGGACCACCGACAUAAGUGGUGACGAACAGGAGGCUGUCUACCUAAGGUUUUAUCACGAAGGUGCUAUAUAUGAAAGAUUUUUGGCAAUGGGUACACCAGAAUCUACAUGCUCAAACCAUGUAUAUGAAUUUGUGGUUGGCACCCUGAAGUCCAAUAACAUUGACACAGAAAAGUUGAUUGGUAUGGCCAGUGACGGUGCCUCAAAUAUGGUUGGAAAGAAAGGGGGACUUGCAGCUCUGCUACGCAGUAAUGUCAAUGCUGAGCUUUUGAAUAUGCAUUGCUUCGCUCACCGUCUAGAAUUGUCAUUUCGAGACGUAUUCAAGAAGAACAAUCUCUAUGAAAAACUGAUGACGCUGUUAAUCGGCCUAUAUUAUUUCUACCAUAAACAGUACAAGAACAAGAGUGGCCUCAUCAAAAGUAUGGAUGCAGUGGACAUCAAAGGGGUGUUACCAACUAAAGUCACUGGGACAAGAUGGUUACCUCAUCUUUCAAGAGGAAUCAAGAAUUUAUUGAGAUCUUAUAAAGCUUUCGAGGCUCACCUAGCUACCAUAAGCUAUAGCAAUCCCAAAGGUGAAGGGUUAUACAAGAUCAUGACAAGCAAAGAUGUUGUUUGCUUCGUGUUGUUUCUGAUGGAGCUGCUUGAUCCACUGAUGAGGGUGUCACUUAAACUCCAACGUCCAGAAUCUUCUGUGGCAGAAUGCUAUACAUGGAUUUCUUCUACAAUUGAUUUGUUAGAUGAUUAUAAAUCCAGAUUUUGGAGAGGCCGAGAUACAUGCAGUAUGCAAGCAUUUUCAGCAGACACUAGCUAAGGCACGACUUGAUUUUAGCACUGAGAAUACCAUUUCAGAGUUCCGUCUCCUCAAGAAGAUUCUAUAUAAAGAAUUUGGACAAGAUAUGCAGAAGCAAUUGUGUUCUGACUUGAGCACCAGCCAACAUUUAAGGGACUUUCCAGACUUGAACCUAAUAAUUGAACUCCUAAGCUGCUUGCCACCCACAAGCGUUUCUUGCGAAACUACUUUUUCGCAAUUAAAGCUCAUAAAGACUAGUAGGAGAACUAGUCUCACAACACAAACCCUGAAUGAUAUAAUUUAAGUGAAACUGGAAAGUCCAACCAUACAGGAGUUUGACCCGAAGAACUCAAUCGACCAGUGGCUGGUUUCUGCAAAAAAACCAAGACUAACGUCUUACCAGCGUAGUAAGCAGUCAAAGACCUCAGAAAGUGGCAAAGUCUUGAAAGACAACAUUCAAACUGUUGAUUUAACUUGUGAGCUUGAGGAUUCCCAUGCCACUGUGAGUGUCAUUGACAGACCAGAUCCAGAAGAGCCUGAAACUGCAGAACCUUUGGUCAUGGUGACUCAAACUGAUGAUGGUAGUGGUGACAUGAACAGUGAUGCCGAUAUUGUGGACAAUGUAUUACAGCAUAUGUGUAUGACAAUGGAUGAGGAUGAAGAAACAGAAUUUGAUUUAUAAUUAUUAGAUAAACAAUAAAAACAUUAAAACAAGACAUGCACAGAGAUAUAUUGUUGUUAUCAGUUAUUUUGAUGAAUGUAUAUGUUCGGCAACUUCGGACUGGUAAAACUUCAUUCGGUCCUGUAAAACUUUUAAGUCUACAGGACCGAAUGUCCUGCAACAAUUUGUACACCUUCGGAAGGA